AUGUUCCGCGCCCAGCAGAACGUCUUCGACGACGCGGUUGCGAAAGCCACGGACGAGAACUUGACGUCGGAGAACUGGGAGUUCAUCCUCGAUGUAUGCGACAAGGUGUCCGGGAACGAGUCAGGGCCAAAAGAAGCAGUGGCUGCCAUGAUCAAAAGACUGGCUCAUCGCAAUGCCAACGUCCAACUAUACACACUAGAGUUGGCAAACUCGUUAUCGCAGAACUGCGGAGUUGCCAUGCACAGAGAGCUCGCGUCCAGGAGCUUUACAGAUGCCCUAUUGCGGCUUGCGAAUGAUAGGACAACCCAUCAGCAAGUCAAGUCCAAGAUCCUUGAGCGAAUGGACGAAUGGACCAAGAUGUUCUCGAAUAACACUGAGCUGGGCAUUAUGGAGCAAGCAUUCAUGCGGCUCAAAUCAUCAAAUCCAAACCUACAGCCACCGCAGGCACCCAGAAAGCAGCAAAUCACACAGUACGAUCGUCAACGGGAAGAAGAGGAGCUGCAGAUGGCGUUGAAACUGUCGAUUCAGGACAAGCCGUCCGCCCCUAGUCAACAGCCUGGCGCCGCAGAGCUGUCAGGGCAGUCGAACUCAAAUACUCAAUCAGCAACUGUAUCACAGCCAGUGCAGUCCGGCACAACCGCAGCGACUGUCUCCCGUGUCCGGGCCUUGUUCGAUUUCCAGCCAUCGGAACCAGGCGAGCUUCAAUUCAGGAAAGGAGAUACUAUCGCCGUUCUUGAGUCGGUAUACAAAGAUUGGUGGAAGGGCUCGCUGCGAGGCCAGACCGGCAUCUUCCCUCUCAACUAUGUUGAAAAGUUGCAGGAUCCGACAGCAGAUGAGCUGCAGAGGGAGGCACAGACCGAAGCGGAAGUCUUUGGUCAAAUCAAAAAUGUUGAGAAGUUGCUGGCACUUCUGAGCGUCAACUCAAGCGACGUCAGCAGUCGCGACAACGAGGAGAUCACAGAAUUGUACAAUCAGACGCUGUCGAUAAGACCGAAGUUGAUCGAAUUGAUUGGAAAGUACACACAGAAGAAAGAUGAUUUCCAACAACUCAACGAGAAAUUCAUCAAGGCAAGACGCGACUAUGAGUCUAUGCUGGAGGCGUCGAUGGCACAGAGCGCGCAACAGUACGGCAGACCCAGCCAGCCGUCAUAUGGCUAUGGUGCCAGCGCUCCACCGAAUCGCUACUACACACCGGAUGGCCAAGUGCCAGUCGCAGGAUAUCCUCCAGGAGCGCCUCCACAGCAAUUCCAGCCGCCAUAUCCGGUACAAUCGCCUCCGCCUCAGUCGCACACCCCAGGUGCCCCACCUGUGCACCAGACACAGCCACCGCCCGGACACGAUCCUUAUGCAGCAUACAACGCGCCACAACGUCGCCAAUCGCACCACUCCUCCGAGCACCCGUAUAACCCACAGGAAAUGGGCACGUCCGUGUACGACUCGCCAGUCGACGGACAACCCUCGCGGCAUUCAUACCCACCACAACUCCAAUCUAGCCAGCCUCCGCCCCCACACAAUCAAUCACAGGUGACACUCUCUGAGGCCGAGUACAGCGCCAGCGUGUACAGCCAAGACCAGCAUGAUUCGUCUGUCCAACAUCAACCACCUCCCGCAGGCCCUAGUCAUGCUCCAUACCCUCCGCAGCAGGGCUAUGGACCACCUCCGACCCAGCAGCCGCCUCCCGCUCCUAGUCAAGCUCCGCCAAUGCCACCUCAAGGCACCGGCGGGUAUGGUGCGCCGCCACCAUCUGGUCCUUAUCAGGCAUAUCAGCCUCCACCUCAGCAGCAGCCUGCUGGCUACGCUGGGGGUGAGCCGCAAAGGUAUUAUGGAUAG